AUGCUCCUUCCUAAUAUCCUUCCUUCCCAGCCCUCCAUAGUGCUGGAAGAUGCCUCCUUCUUCCUGCGCCACACACACUUGCCUUGCGUCACCGACGUGCUCGCCGAGGCAGAGCGUCAACACCCGGGAUGGGAAAAGCUUACAAGAUUCCCUCGUCCCGUUCUGUUCCCCAAGCUCGGUGUACUAGUCAAGUACGGCAGACAUAUAUCCACAGCGGAAGGUCAAUGUCUAUUCGCCAUCCGGAAGCUACUCAAAGACAAGCUGCCGGUACCGGAAAUCUUCGGCUGGCAAACGGAGGGAGGAUAUGUUUAUCUGUACAUGGAGCUUGUGGAUGGUGUGACUGUGGAAGAUGCAUGGGAUUCGUAUUCCGAAGAGGAUCGAACGAGUGUAUGCCUGCAGUUGCGUCCAAUGAUCGCAGCACUCCGGACUCUGCAACAAAAUCCCAAUGAUGUAUUCAUCGGUAAUAUCGCGCGCGAUCCUCUGCGUGACAUAGUCUUCGAGACAUCUGAAUUCCCUAGACCGUUCUCUUCCGUGGAGCCAUUCGUCGAUCAUUAUAUCAACCAUGUUCUGAUAAGCCAAGGCCGCCCUCUUCCCGAUGAACCCGAUCCAUACAGAGAUCAUUUACCGAACGACGUCCCCAUCCUUUUUACCCACGGUGACCUCCAUCCCAGAAACAUCAUGGUUUCACGUCCAGGGGACUCCUCGCCUCCACGCGUGCUCGCCAUCGUUGAUUGGCAUCAGUCAGGCUGGUGUCCGGCAUACUGGGAAUACUGCAAGGCUGCGUUCUCGGCAGACUGGAAAGGUAGCUGGUUCAAGCACAUGUCCUCGUGGCUGGAACCGUUCGAAGGCUUUCCGUAUUGGCAGUACUACUUGAUGUGCAACGGUUGUUAG